AGAGCACCUCCCACCCCUUGGCCAGCCUGUGACCUCCUCCCAGGGAGGGCUGAGCCUCUGGACACACGUGGUUUUGUGGGACAGUGUCCCAGGGAGACUGACCCUUGCCCAGAACUGCUGCUCCCAGGAUUGAAUCCCCUUUGGAGCCUCCUGAGCUCUGAAUUACUAGAGAGCAACAAGAAGAAGGAAGAGCUGGAAAAGCAGCUCAGAGAGAGCAAUGAAGAGAAAAGGAUGCUGCUGGAAGAGAUUUCCCAGCUCAAGCGCAGCAUCCAGAGCGCCCGGGAACAGAGAGACCCUGGAGAGACCUGGAGGAUGAACCCAGGCCUGGAGCAGAGGGAGAGCAGGUCCCUCCCAUGGCAGAGCUCAGCAGGCAGUUCAGAUGGGAGCCUUAAACAGGGUGUGCCCGAGGAGAAGUUCCAGCAGCAGGAGGAGAAGCUGCAGCAGCUGCGCCAGGACCUGCGGCGGGUGCAGAACUUGUGCAGCUCUGCCGAGAGGGAGCUCAGGUACGAGAGGGAGAAGAACGCAGAGCUCCAGAAGCAGAACCUGCUGCUCCAGCAGGAAUGCACCAAGGUCAAAGCUGAGCUGAAACAGGCCCGGGCCAAACUCUCAGACUCCACGGAAACCUGCUCAUCCCUGUCAGCACAGUGGGAGAGGAGCCAGCAGAAGGUCCGGGAGCUGGAGCAGGAGCUCUCCAAGUGCUCCCAAGCUGACAAGCUCCAGAGCAGCCUGAGGGACAGGCUGGCCCAGGAGAAAUCCAGGGCAGGAGAAGCCCAGAAAAAGAUUUCAAAGCUCCAGCAGAAGCUGAAGGAUUCCCAGCACCAGCUCCUGCUGGCAGAGGCCCGUGUUUCUGACAAGAAGCUGCUGGAGGAGGAGCUGAAGGAGGCCCGGGAGAAUGAAGCUCGAGUGCGGCGGGAGCUCCACGAGGGGCAGCUGAAGAGGAAGCUCCUGGAGCAGCAGGUGGAGGAUCUGCGGCAGCAGCUCCGGCAUUCCCGGGACACGGAGGCGUCGCUGGCCAGGAUGCACGUGGAGCUCCAGGCCAAGACCCUGCACGCCCUGGAGGAUGAGAGGAAACCUGACCCUGCAGAGUACCUGCAGUGCCGAAAGGAGAACCAGAAGCUCUCGGAGCAGCUGUCCCUGCUGAAGGAGGAGAACAAGGCCCUUUAUGAGGAGGGUGUUCGGCUCCUGAACCAGAAGGAUCUCUAUGUGAGGAAAUACAACGAGAUGCAGCUCCGGCACAAGGACAAGAUCCGCAGGGCCAAGGAGACCUUCAUCCACGAGGUGAAACAGAGGGACAGCAGGAUCAAACAGCUGGAAAACGAGCUCAGCGAGUCCAAGCUCCAAGUGGAGAAGGGGAAGGUGCUGAUUGCCCAGAUCACCGCCGAGAAUGAGAAGCUGCUCCAGGAGAGGCGGCGGCUCCUCCAGAAGAUUUCGGAGCAGGAGGAGCCCCUUUGGAGCCUCCGGUCUGUGACUGCCCCCUUGCCCAGCAGAGGGAAGACCCUGGAGGAGGAGAACAAGCUCCAGCUCUCCGGUCACGUGCCUGCCUCACCACGCAUUCCCCGGAGCAGCCCCGCUCCCACCGCAGAGGACUCGAAGACCCUUCACGUCUCCGAACACCAACUCCAGAGUAAGGUGGUGCCACUUGCCCGUGCCAGUUUCCCACCCCGGGAUCUCCAGGAACCCUUCGGUGCCAUGAAGGCCCCUCAAGACACGAAGUCUGAGGGAGAGACCCAAAGCCAGGACUCCUCCCGGGGCCUGUCCCCCUCCCAGCCCUCAGAGCAGGGCUACCUGAACGUGGCCUCACCAGGGGACCCUGCGGGGUCCCUGCUGCAGGAGGAGAGGAGAAGUGUCAGCUCUGAGACCUUCUGAGCUGGAGAUGUCUGUGCAGAGUCACCUGGACUGCAGGACUGGGGCUCCUGCGCUGGGAAUGUUCACACAGUGUCACCUGGAGACAGGAUGGGGCUCCUGAGCUGGGAAUUCUGUGCAGUGUCGCCUGGAUGCAGGACUGGGGCUCCUGGUGCCACAGGAUGGCAGAGACUGCAAAGAGAAGAAUUGCCAAAUGGACUGACCUGGGGAUUUCUGGGAUAUUUUCCAGCUAAAUUAACCCUGAGUGUUGGGUUUUUUUUGUUUUUUUUCUGUUUUUUUUCCCCACUUCCCCUCUGUAAAUGUGUUUGUGUCAUCCCAGAGCCACUGGAGGCUGAAAUUUGUAGAUAAACUCAUAAACAUGGAAGAUGGGUUGGGGUGCAGUGUGUCCUCCCUCAACCCUAAUUCCUUGUCCAGGCCAAAUCUAUAAAAUUUGUAAAGAAAAGAACUUAUUAUUCAUUGGUUCUUAAUUACAUCAUUCUCUUUCAUUAGCCAGUAUUUUACUUCUAUUGGCUAUUAAUUCCUCACUUUCUGUGCUAAUUAAAUCCACAUUUUUAGCAUCUUUUUUCCUAGAAGGGGAUUUCCGGCACAUGAACUGAAUUCUUUGUUAAUCCUUUUCUACAUCUUCUGGUUUCUGCAAAAGGUCCUUGGUUAGGUGGGAUGUUGGGAAAAAUUCCUCCCUGUGAGGGUGGGGAGGGGCUGGGGGUGGAAUUCCCAGAGAA